CCCACCUCCCAAUUUUCCAAUCCUUCUCCCAUCUCAACCCAGAAAUGGCCGACGAAGAAUUCCAGGAGUCCGAAGUUUUCUGGCCCGACCACCACCGCCACCGAGACAAUUACGAUUCUCGCAUCACCAGCAGCAGCAGCACCGUCGACCAUGACGACGACGACAAACAUGGGUUUGUUAAUUCGAGGCGACUACUGCUUAUCAAGAAAGUCAAGAAAACCAGCAGCUCUGUUCCGGUUACCAUACCCGACGCCAUGGCCGGCCGUUCUUGGUUGCAUUUCCAAGAUUCCGACGAGGGGGAUGAUGACUACUACGAGGACGGAGAGAUGGUGCCGCCCCACUUGUUGGUCUCUCGGAGGAUAGACGGAAAGAUGGCCUUCUCUGUUUGCACCGGCAACGGCAGGACCCUCAAGGGUCGUGAUUUGAGCAAAGUCAGGAAUUCCAUUCUCCGAUUGACCGGAUUCCUGGAAUCAUGACACCCAAAUUUCAUUCUCUUCGCUCUUUAUUCCUCAUUCGUUGUAGUUUUAUUUUAUUAUUUUUUUUUUGACAGAGAAACAAGAAUAAAUACUAAGGAACGCUCAAUAAAGAUUUUUGGAAUAAUUUCUUU